AUCCCGCCAUUGCCAAUGGCACGAAGGAACAAGAUGCUCAACUAUUGUUCCAUGUCGACACAAAGCGUCCAGGAGCAAGGUUCAGAUUCCGCGUCUCCUCUCGCCUUCUUAAGACCGCCGCAAGCAAUCGAGCCGAUCUCCAAAAUCCAAACCAAGAGCCAGCCAUUACUACUUCACAACAAUCACAACCAAGCUCGCCCGUGCCCGAUCGCGAUGGCGACGCCGCAGCCGCUGACGGUGGACUUCGAGGCGCUGAGCUACAUCAGCAGGCUGGUGGAGGCGUUCCAGGCGUUCGACGCAGACGGCGACGGGCUGAUCACGGCGGCGGAGCUGAGGGGCCUGCUGGGCUCGCUGGGCCUGGAGAAGACGGAGCCCGAGGCCCGCGACAUGCUGGCCCGCGCCGACGGCGACCGGGACGGGCGGAUCUCCGUGGAGGAGCUCCUGGACGUGAUGAACGCGGGCGAGCUCGGGCUGGGCGCGCUCGGCGCGCUGCUGCAGGCCGCCGUCCCGGCGCUCGAGUCCUUGGCGAGGGCCAACGGCGACGGGGCCCUGCUUGGCGCCGACGAGAUGGCCAGGGUGCUGGGCACCGUCAGCGCCGAGGACUGCGCGGAGAUCGUCGCCUGCAUGGGCGGCGACGGCGCCAUCAGCGUCGAGGAGUUCAAGCUCAUGGCCGACCUGCUCUAAAUCGAUAUUCUAAGCUUAGCCAGAGCGCACGCGUGUAUGCAUGUGCAUUUGGGAUUUGAAUUUGAUCGAUCCAGUUAUGUAUUGUGAUGUUAUGAUCGAUAAUUAAUAAGCAUGGGUACGAUAUGAGAGUUGUGCAGUUUGUGUA